AUGGCUAAGAGAUGCAACAUCCUCGUUCUUCUUCUUCUAUGCCUUUAUCUUCUUCCUGUUGUUGUUUCUGCUUCAGUUAAUAUCAAUAUUCCAGAUUCUGAAAAACUGUCCUUUGAUCAAAUCUAUCAGUUUGGUGACUCCUUAAGCGAUACCGGCAACCUUGUUCUUGAAAAUCCAUUAGGAGCACACAAUUUUGCCAACUUUCCUUAUGGUGUUACAAUCCAUAAUCCUACUGGUCGUUGCUCUGAUGGUCUUCUUAUCAUCGAUUAUUUCGCUAAAUACUUCCAUCUCCCACUCCUUAGUCCCUUCCUUGAUAAACAGGCCAGCUUCACACAUGGUCUUAACUUUGCUGUGGCUGGCUCCACUGCUCUAGACACCGCUACUCUAGCAUCUCUAAACGUACUUUCACCUGUUACCAAUUCUUCUUUAUCUGUUCAGCUUAACUGGUUUAAGUCUCAUCUUGAAUCAACCUGUGGUAGUCCUUCAGAAUGCGAAAACAAACUCCGAAGAUCAGUGUUCUUCAUAGAGACAGGAGGUAAUGAUUACAAUUAUGCGUUACUUCAAAGGAAGACUAUUGAAGAGGUGAAAGAUAUGGUGCAUCAAGUGGUUGGAACUAUUAAAGAAGCUGUCAGAAAAGUUAUCAGUCUUGGUGCAACUCGAGUUGUUGUACCUGGUAACUUUCCUAUUGGUUGUUUACCCAUCUAUCUUGCUUCAUUCGAAACAAAGGACACGAAUCAAUACGAUGAUUUGAAGUGUUUGAAGGGAUUGAACGAAUUCGCCAAGUUUCAUAAUGAUGUCCUGAAACAAGCUCUUAGGGAGAUUCGAGCAGAGUAUGCUGGCAAGAAUGUUGCAGUGGUUUAUGCAGACUAUUAUUCAGGUUUAAGGCGAAUUCUUUAUAAUGCAGAUGCGUUCGGAUUCAAGAAAGAUGAGAUACACAAAGCAUGCUGUGGAUCUGGUAACAAUGCGUAUAAUUUUGAUUUGAUGAAGAUGUGUGGAAACAAAGGAGUUCCAGUUUGUCCAAACCCAUCUCGACUCGUCAGCUGGGAUGGAAUCCAUUUGACUCAAAGGGCUUACAUGCGCAUGGCUCAAGGCUUGUUUCAGCAAAUUAUUCCACAACUCUUACAAGUUGUUUGAUAGCUCUUUGAAAUUUUAUUUGAUAGCUUAGAAUACAUAGUUCUAUUAGCAAAUACUUAGCAAUAUAGUGUUUGUAGGAGGGUUCUAAUUCUUUUUUUUUCAAUCCAAGUAUAUGUUGUUUUAGAUUAUUUCAAUUGUGCAAGAAA